AUUUGGAGAUAAGGCAGUGGACAGUGAAUCCCGGAGAGAGGAGACACACAUAUAAUAGUCCCACAGACAGAAUCUCAUCUCCCUUCCCAAUUGACUAUAGAUACAUACCUGGGCACUUCAUUCCAGUUUCUCGAGCCAAGAAAAUGGCAGCAGAACCUGUAUUUGUAAGUGGAGCUACUGCUAUUCCCUCAAAGUUUCAGUCUUUUACAAGAAACAUCAAUGACAAGUCACAAGCCAAGCUUCUUUUAUACUCGAGAGUCAGAGCUUCACAAAAACAUUCUAUGGAUGACAAAAACAAUGUCUACAAACAACUGGGUUUGUUUUCUUUGAAAAAGAAUAUUGAAGAUACGGUUCUCCGUGCUGAGAUGUUAGCACCAACAGCACUGGAACAUGAGGAAGCAAGACGAAUCAAGCAGGAAGAAAUGAUACAUGAGUGCAACUUAUGGGAAGACCCUGCUAAAUCCAAUGAAAUCCUCAUCAAAUUGGGUGGUAGUGCCAAAGCGAUUGAUGCUCUCAAAGACUUGAAAUACAAGGCUGAAGAGGCAAAGCUGAUCUCGCAGUUGGUGGAGAUGGAAGCUAUCAAUUACCGGCUUUUUAAGCAGGCUUAUACUGCAUCUUUAGACGUGAGGAAGCUCUUAGAUCAGUAUGAGAUGUCACGGCUCCUCAAGGGACCAUAUGACAAGCAGGGAGCUUGUGUAGUUAUUAGAGCUGGAUCUAAAGGACUUAACCAUGAGAUAUGGAGAGAAGAACUUCUGAAUAUGUAUGUCAAAUGGGCUGAAAAGCUAGGUUAUAAAGGCAGGCUGGUUGAGAAGCAUACUUCCAUGCAUGGAGGUAUCGAGUCAGCGACUAUUGAAUUCGAAUUUGAGUGUGCUUAUGGUUAUCUUUCCGGGGAGAGAGGCAUUCACCAUAAGAUAAAUUCUCAAAAUGGAUCUGUUCACCAUGAAGUUACCACAGCAUGUGUAGACGUUGUUCCUCUAUUUCUUGGAACAAGUUUUGACUUUCAAAUAGAUGAUGAGGAAUUGAUUGUCUCGUGUUCUCCCUCAUUGCUAAGAGAUGGGAAGAGCCGAACUGAACUGACAGUUUGCCUGCAGCACAUUCCUACUGGCAUAAGUGUUCAGUCUUCAGGUGAGAGGAGCCAUUUUGCAAAUAAGGUGAAGGCUCACAACAGAUUGAAAGCCAAGCUUCUUGUGAUUGCAGAGGAGCAAAAGGUCUGCGAUGUGAGUAGCAUCAGGAGAGCUGACAUUGUGGAUGAGUGGCAAAAAGAGACCAGGAGGUAUGUGUCUCAACCGUACAAGCUAGUACAAGAUGUAAGAACGGGCAUUGAACUGCCUGACCUAAACUCUAUUUUGGAUGGAAAUAUUAAUACUCUUAUCGGAGCCCAUAUUAAUAUUAGACAUACAGAAUAAUUUUGCAUUGCUGUCA